AUGCUCAAGUCUCGGCUCCGCAUGUUUCUGAACGAGCUGAAGCUGCUGCCGCCGCCGCCUCCGGGCGCGCUGGACGCCCUGUCGCUCAGCAGCAGCCUGGACAGCGGGCUCCGAACCCCCCAGUGCCGAAUCUGCUUCCAGGGUCCGGAGCAGGGGGAGCUCCUGAGCCCCUGCCGCUGCGACGGCUCAGUGCGCUGCACACACCAGCCCUGCCUCAUCCGCUGGAUUAGUGAGAGGGGCUCCUGGAGCUGUGAGCUCUGCUACUUCAAAUACCAGGUCCUGGCGAUCAGCACCAAGAACCCGCUGCAGUGGCAGGCCAUCUCCCUGACGGUCAUCGAGAAGGUCCAGAUCGCAGCCAUAGUCCUGGGCUCGCUCUUCCUCGUCGCCAGCAUCUCCUGGCUCGUCUGGUCCUCACUCAGCCCUUCAGCCAAGUGGCAACGGCAGGAUCUGCUCUUUCAGAUCUGCUACGGCAUGUACGGCUUCAUGGAUGUCGUCUGCAUAGGCCUCAUCGUCCACGAAGGCUCCUCCGUCUACCGCAUCUUCAAGCGCUGGCAGGCAGUGAACCAGCAGUGGAAGGUCCUGAAUUAUGACAAGACCAAGGACAUAGGAGGAGAUGCAGGGGGAGGGACGGCAGGAAAGCCAGGCCCCAGGACCUCACGGACGGGCCCCCUCUCUGGGGCUACCAGCCGCCCCCCGGCUGCCCAGCGCAUGCGGACGCUCUUGCCUCAGCGCUGUGGUUACACAAUCCUGCACCUCCUUGGACAGCUGCGGCCACCAGAUGCCCGUUCCAGUUCCCAUUCUGGCCGAGAGGUUGUCAUGAGGGUCACCACGGUCUGAAACUGAACUCCAGGAGCAGGGAUCUUGAGUCGAUGCAUCGGCCAGAGAUAACCUGUCAUGGCUGCUGGAGGUACCACCUGGACAAGGUGUUUGGGGCACACUGCCCCCACCACUGAGGAUCUCUGUGGGCAGCCUCAAGCUGGAGACAUUGUCUGGCCUCUACUACCCACUGGGUAGAGACACCUGGAUGACAUUCCAGUCCCCACCGAUAGCUCCUCACACUCAUCCUGGGGCAGCCAGUGGGCAGGUGGGGAGAGCACCUUUUCUUCCCUAGAGAACCGUCCUUACCUCAGCUCCUAGGGCCUCCAGCCCCCCAGCUCCACCAUGGUGACUUGGUGAAGGGGGACCAAUGCCAGAAGAAAGGGGUUGUAGACCCCCCAUUCCCCACCCCAUGGCCACAGGGCAGCUGGCAAUAAGACUAGUGUACAUUGACCUCCCGUUCCCUGCAUGAGGGCGGGGGGACCUCCCCCUGCUCCACCCCCCAUUGCAUGGGGGGGAGGGCAUAAAGAAUCAUUUAUAUGCACGUGGAGACUCCUUUCUCAUCUGGGGCUUUUCUGGAGGGUUGGGAGGUGUGGGGAGGUUUCUCUGCAGGGGUUGCAAAUCCCAAAUGCAGCAGUGGGUUCUGAGCUGGAGGUGUGACUCCCACUUGCUGGUGAAUAAUUCACAGUGGCUGCUAGGUGGCAGUGCUCAGAGGUAUCUAAGGGGUGGACCUGCCACCUGCAAGUUGUAUGAUUUAGAAGAAAAAAAAAAAUCUCUCCGCCGUGGUUUUCCUGUCUACCUCAUAGGGUUGGAAUGAGGAUAAAUGAGGGACAGGUUGAAUGCCAUUGCAAAGAAAAUUAGUGAUGGCGUAAAAAGAUUUCUAGACUAGUUGAUGGUCCAUUUAUUUCAAAUAGUAGCUGGUUAACAAAUUCCAGAAUGUGUUUUUUCAUCUGGAGUUGCACAGAGCCUUGGAAAUUUGUGUUGAGUAUCAUAAUAGAAAUGGAAAUAUGAGGGGAAAUGGAUAUUGCAAAUGUGAAGGAUGGUGGUUAUUUGCAAAAAUGAGAGCUCCUCCAACCCCCUAAACACGGGGCUGGGGAAGGAUGGAGCUAUCCUUCUUGCUCUGGGGAUCUUGUGGGUUCUAUUAGUCCUUCCCAGGUAAUGUGCGCACCCAGGGAAGUGGUGUGAAAUGAAUUUGGACUCAUUUGGAGUGAGACAGACAGAAUGUCCCCAUGUUAUGAAUCUCCAACCCCGGCUUAAGCUACUCCUAUGGCAGUUCAGGGUCACAGGUCUGAUCCUGUGCCCCAGCUAGUGGUAUUAACUAGGAAGUAUUGUGCCUGGAGGCAGCUGUGUAGAGGGCUGUUGUUUAUAGAGAAAGGGUUUGGGAAGGACUGGUUAAAAUGUGGGUCAACCUGAGGCCUUCACCCUUUCUCCUGAGGCCUUGGGGCUGUGUAUUAUAUGAAUGAUGGUGUCUUUUAAGUGAACUAUUCAUCAGCAAUUAAAAUAAUUACUUCAUACAUUGUUAA